CCCGCAUUGUCAUUUCUGGUGAGGGUCACCCUUUUCCAUCUCCAAUCGCCUACAGCAGCGAACCCAAUACCGGUACCGGUAUACCUCUAGCCAUGACAACUCUAGACCCUCGACCUCCUUAUUCUCCAGACGAACUUGCUGCCCUGUAUCCAUCAAACCUACAACUACAUCUUGUUCAUGUUAUAUUCCGGCACGGUGAACGGACACCCGUAGUAUCACGUUUUCAGAAUGCUGGACUUGCACCAUUUUGGCCCUAUUGUCAGGCUGCCUCCCGAUUCAAAGCCGCGGUAAUGGAGCCCAGGGCGGGUUGGUCCUUCCUCACUUUUCAGCGUCGGAUGGAGACCUUUGGGAAGAAAGGGGAAAAUGUAGUAGCCACGGGUCCGGGUGGUGAGAGAGGUAAUGUUUGCCUCUUAGGGGAAUUGACAGACCGUGGAAGGGAAACCACCCUACAGCUCGGACAGAGAUUACGCCAUUUGUAUAUUCGCCAACUCGGAUUCCUUCCCGAAAAUCUCGGAUCCCAGUCGGAAUAUUAUCUGCGGGCUUCGCCGAUAACCCGAGCUAUUGAGUCACUUGAGCAAGUUUUUAUAGGUCUUUAUCCAUCCACAAAUAGGUCUCCCACGGAUCCCCCGGCCACAAUCUAUACAAGAUCCUUCGCCGAAGAGAACUUAUACCCUAAUGACUCAGGUUGCAAGCGUUUGCGUCAGUUAACACGUGCAUUCUCCAAACUUGCUGCAGAGAAAUGGAAUGACUCCCCAGAGAUGCAGCACCUGCAAUCCCGUAUCGGGAAAUGGGUGGACGGGAAGAUAGCUGUCGAUGGACAUCCCUCAUUGUUCGGAAUAUUUGAUAGUGUAAACUCGACGUUAGCCCAUGGGGAGGCUACGAAACUUCCGAACGAGUUCUACGAGCCGCGGGUUAGGGAGAUCAUGAGUGAUAUCAACGUGGAUGAGUGGUAUCGUGGAUUCAACCAAUCAUCAGAGUACCGAAGGUUGGGUGUCGGUUCGCUCCUGGGAGAUGUUAAAGAUAGGAUGCUGGCUUCUGUCAAACAUGAUACGAAUGAAGAUGGUCGAUUGAAGAUCGGGUUGAUGGGAUGUCAUGACACCACCAUUGGCGGAUUAUUGGCCAGCCUUGGAGGGUUCGACGAAAAAUGGCCGCCAUUUACCAGCUCGAUUGCUUUUGAGAUGUUCCGAGAGAAGGAGCGUAACAAGAGCCGAGGUGUAUUCUCAAAACUUUUUGGCGCCAAGAACGAGGAGGAAGGGUGGUAUGUGAGGUUGAGGUACAACGAUAAACCGGUUUAUGUCAAGAGCUGCAGGGUGACCGGAAGGCAUCUCGAAGGGGAUGAGAGCUUCUGCACAUUGACGGCGUUCAAGGAAAUCGUCGAGCGGAUGGUGCCACAGGACUGGAAGGGCGAAUGCCUGAGCAACGUGGACAAAACAGGAAUUCCACCCAUCGAGGAGGUGGAAUGAAUAAUCACUGGUUUUCAUUGAUUGGCCCGAGCAAGGUUUCUGAGGAGGGGGGUCCAAUUGGAAACAAUGUUGCAUCCUUCGAUAAGCAAUGCUGGGUUGCGAAACUACGAAAUCAGAUGAGCAGCUAAACAUUAGAAGAGCUUAA